AUGACAGUGGAUAUAGUAGUAGUGGGAGCUGGAGUAUCUGGGCUCACAUCAGCUUUGCUUUUGAAGCAAUCUAAUAAGGACUACAAUGUAACUGUAGUUGGUUACCAUAUUCCUGGAGAUUUGGAUAUAGACUACACCUCACCCUUUGCAGGGGGGAACUGGCAUUCAUUUGCUUCAAAAGAAGAUAAAUUUCUUCAGCAAAUCGAUGAGCCUGGAUACAAAAAGUUCAUGGAGCUAGCACGGACUGAGCCCCAGGCGGGUAUAUGGAUUCAGCCUAAUGUUGAAUACAUUACAAAAUACGAUUUCGAUAAAAAGGGACGCGACCCACUGAAAUAUGUUCCGUGGUUUAAAGACCUUGUCGAAGACUUCAAAAUAUUAGAUAGUCAUGAUCUUCCUGAUGGAAUUGCUUUUGGAUUUUCCUUUUCAGGAGUCAUUAUCUCAGUUCCGAUAUACUUGAACUAUCUUCUCCAGAAAAAUUUAGAAAUUGGGAACACGAUAAAAAGAGUAAGAAAAUUGAAGGAUAUUCAAGAAGCUCGCUACGUGAAUGGGACCAAAGCAAAUAUUGUUGUCAAUGCUACUGGUUUGUUAGCUCCUCAAUUGAAAGGGUAUAAGGAUCCCAAAAGGAACUUCCCUGUUAAGGGCCAAGUUUUGCAUGUCCGCAAUAAAGCAAAACAUGAACUUAGUGUAGAAGGUUUUCCUGGUUACGAUAGUGAAAUGCUUUACAUUAUGCCUAGGAAAGAGGGUGGAUCAAUUAUAGGUGGAUGUUUUUUGAUCGAUGAUAAUACCCUGAAAAUAGAUGAUGUAUUAACUCAAAGGAUUAUUAAGCGAGCUGUCAAAUAUAUGCCUGAGCUAAUCGACAAGAAUUUUGAUAACAAUCCACCGGAGAUUGACAUAGUAAGAACGAACGUGGGCCUCAGACCAUUCCGCGAAGGUGGAGUCAGAAUAGAGAUUGACCCAGAUAAUAAAUGGCUCAUCCACAACUAUGGAAUCGGCGGAGGAGGCUAUCAGGGAAGCUAUGGACUGGCUGAAAAGGUGGUAAGCUUAACAAACAAGUCAUUGACGUCUAAUAGUAGUAGACUUUAG